AUGAUCACACAUGGAAGGCUGAAUCGUCCCCCUGUGCCUGUGCAGCCCGCAAACAGAUUCACUGCUGCGGAGGAAGCCUCGGCGAAAUUAGACGAGGCGGCGCAAAGGGCCUACAGAGAGUUGAAGAGUCUGCGAGCGAUGCAUUUGCAAUGGGGCUACAUUCGACAUCGCUACUCGGACUCCGAACGACGGUCCGCCCGGAAGGCAUUCACAUUCUGGAAGACCAAGUUUCUGCAAGUUUCAAGGCCAGACAAGCCACAAGAGCCAAAGUUGCCGUGGCCAUGGCGCGACAAUGCGAAGUGGCUCUUCGAGCUCAGCAACGCCAGGAGCAUGCAGAAAGCAUGGGAAGCCCUCGAUAUCGAAAGUCGCCAGAAGCAGUGGCCCUACAUUAUGCUUUCAACGCUGGAUCGCUGCCCAGACAAAGCACACAUGGUGCUGGAAGCGACGCUGGAUCCGCUACCGCCUGGGUAUGCCAUCAACGAUGUGCUCCUCUUCGUUGCGCAGCGCUUGCGCAUUAGCAGCAUCAAGAAUUUACGCGAGAGGACUCUCAAGGCAGAGGAAAUACUGGAAUUGGUGGCCAAAGUCCUUGAAGAUACGCCUGCCGGCCAUGUGCCGCUUGGCCAACGAACAGCUGGCCUCCUUGCCCGCAGACUACCAAGCGAGCAGGCCAGCGAACUGUACAAGAUGCUGCAGAGGGCCAACAUCAAGCUGCAUCCCAAUUCGCUGCUGCAAUUUGCGGGCAAAUUAGCCAGCGACAUGGCACAUAAAGAUACGGCGUUUGAGAUCUUGAAGGGGCUCGCCGACAAUGGGAUAGAUCUCAAUGCACCCAGUCCCUCCAGCGCGAUCACGACUCUGCUGCAUUGCCGGAUCGCUCACGGUGGCUGGUCAGACAGCAGCUCGUCCUUCUCGCCCAAGGACACUCUUGAAUACUUUCUAGACAGAGGCUUCGUGCCCAAUGUCAUCAACGCUACUGCCUUUCUCGACUCCCUUUGUCAACGGGCCGAAGUCGAAGAGGCGAUACGGCUUGCGCUGCUGUUUUCCGAGUCCGGGGUCCAGCUUGACACAAAGGCGUGGUCAACCAUCUUCAGGGGCGCCAAGGGAAGCCUCAAAGUCGAGAACGUGGCAAAGAGCCUGGAUGUUGCCAAAGCGGCCAAUGCGCCCUAUGUGGAUGUGCUUAACAAUGCCCUCCACGCCAUCUUCUACUUCGCAGAGAUGGAGUCCCGCGAAAAGAGGUUCUCUGCCCCCUGGAUCUAUCCCCUGUUCGGCCCCAUGCUGCGAGCGUACGCGAAGAAAUUCGAGCUGGAGCCACUGCAAUGGUGGCUGCCCGACUCACUGCCUCUGAUGCUAACGCAGACGACGGGUAACGACGGCGAAAAGUUUGACAGCACUCGGGUUCGACAAUGGGACUUUUUGGGAAGCAUCGUCCCUCUCACCGAGAAGACAUUCGAAUCCCAGAGUAGCGGGCCGAAGCUGCAGCCCAACACAACAACAAUAGCCAUCAUGCUGCGGGCUUACAUCAAGACCCUCCAGCACCCAUAUGAUCUCAUGGCGUUCUAUGCCUUUUUCAAAGCUCGGCUUGAAGAGCAAGGAGGGAAAGAAGGCUUCGCCGCUCAGCUCAUCAAAGACCAAGGCAGCCUGGUCCAUGACACCAUCAUCAUGGCCAUGAUGGAAAGACGAGGACUGGCACGGGCUGCGCUGCAGAUUUUCGGAGACAUGCUGAAGGAUCACCUGCAAAGAAGUGCCACUGGCGAUGCGGAAAGAAGCGACGAGAGGUCUGACGAAGGCCAAAGCCGUGCCACGGGCCCAAUUCAUCCAGCACCCGGGUUGUGCACAUUCAGCAUCCUUGUGCGUGGUCUAUUCAACAGUGGCGACCGGAUUCUGGCAGAGCAAGUCCUGCAUGUGAUGAAGGAGCAGGGCGUCGAGCCAAACCUCGUGACGUGGAAUACCCUCACAAAGGGCUAUGCGUCGAUGCAGAACAUCAAGAAGACGGUGUCUACCCUACAGGACAUGGAGGCAGCAGGUUUCAAGCCCGACUUGUUCACUUUCAAGGCGUUUGGCAAGCUCAAGAACCAGGCACGGGCGCUGGAGCUGAUGGAGGGCAUUAUUGACGUGAAUAGACAAAAGAUUGUGGGCGAGGAUUUGUAUGGAUAA